AUGGAUACCUCACACUUCUCUCUUCUAUUGGAACAGCGCUCAACAUUGGAGAACCCCCCUUUCUUGGUUAACGUCAACGCCAACAUCACAGUCGAUCGGGCCACUUUGCUCAUCUCUGGAAGUGGAGUGUCUGGCAAUCUAAUGGUGAAGAAUGGUGGCAGUCUUACUAUCUCUGACAAUGAUGCCUCCACAGUCACGCUCUCGGGCACUGGCGCCAACUCCAAUUUGAUAUACAUCAACUCUGCACUCCAGAGCUCAACAAUCAAUAUUCAAACAUUUGACAAAUCCACGAUCACAGCAAAUUGUUCAGUUGGCGCUAUCCUUGCCGACACACAUAUGUUGGUGGCGGCAGUGCUGUAA